AUAAAUCAGGCCUCUAUGUGUGAAUCCCUUAUCAUAUGCUUUGAACAAAGCACGCGAUUUGAAAAUGGGAAACAUGACUCUAAUACUUACUUUGUGUUGCUGUAUGUUGGUGUUUACUGCUCAAGGUAACAAGGCUCCAACUAAAUUCGCGCCACUCAAAGUUGGGGACAUACUCAAUGUCCCCUUUAAUUGCCACUGUGAGGACAAAAAAUGUAAUGAAACUGGUCACUGUCUCAACGGAUCAUAUUGUGAAAAAGGCUGGUUCGGUAGCAGGUGUCAAUAUGUUGACUUGGCCUCAAAUCCAUCAGACAUACUCCUAGACGGCAAUGACAGCACGUGCAACCCAGACGUGGAUAUUGCCAUCGUAGACUUGCACAGACAAAUCCCGUUUCACUGGCUUAGACUCGUCUCUGAUGUUGCGAAUGGCAAAGUUUUAGCAGAACCAUCACACACUUUGAGAGUGUAUUUCCACAACUCUGAAAAUCCCGAGGCGCCAUCUGUGAUCAAGUGCAACGGUAUGAAAUAUGAACGGGUCAACGAUCGAACUGUUGACAUAAGCUGUGAUCUGACUUCAACUGUAGACCUAGUUGUCUUGUCAGGGGGCGUUGUGAAGUCACUCUGUUCUAUAUACAUCAGUGGAGCUUGUCAAAGCGGGUACUAUGGCCCCGACUGCAAAAGUAAAUGCUCAGCUUUCUGCCUGGACCGUGACUGUGACCCCGUCUCGGGUGACUGCCUCAUUUGUAAGCCCGGCUUUCAAGGUCGUUUGUGCAAUGAAGAAUGCCCAGCAACUUUCUACGGUCAGAACUGUGCCAAGAAAUGCUCUGUCAACUGCCUUGAUCAGCUGUGCUACCACGAGAAUGGAAAAUGUGUUGCGUGUGUGGACGGUUGGUCCGGUGAUUAUUGCCAGGACAAAUCACCAGCAAAAGCAAAAGCGACCUGAUUCAAUGCAGUCAUUGGCUAACUUGUGUACGUGUAACUACACAAUAAAAUAAAAUUCAGAUUUUG